UAUAUUAUCUGCCCUAAAAACAGUGCUGAAGUUCAGCAGACAUAUUGUCACUACAAUAAAGGAGACAGGGCAUUGUGAAAUUGGUCUGUAAACAGUGCUAAAUUUCAGCUCACACAAGACAACUUUCAGACAGACAACUGUGAAGAAAAGCAAAAAGAUGACUGCCAAAAAAGUCCAGGUGCGAAGGGUUGUUUCGAAGGACGGACACAACAAUGUGAAGAUUGAGAAUGUUGAGGGCAUGGUGAAGCUGUAUCUGCAUGACAUAUGGACAACAGUGGUGGACAUGAAGUGGCGCUACAAGCUUACUCUUUUUGCCUCAACGUUUGUGAUGACCUGGUUCAUCUUUGGUGUUCUCUUUUAUCUAAUUGGAAUGACAAAUGGAGACUUUGAUAGUGAGCUGCCUUCCAAUCACACCCCCUGUGUGAUGAAUGUAGAAACACUUACAGGGGCUUACCUAUUUUCUCUUGAAUCUCAGGCCACCAUUGGCUAUGGCUUCCGUUACAUUUCAGAGGAAUGCCCACUUGCUAUCUUUACUUUGGUGGCCCAGCUGGUUAUCACUGGCCUGGCAGAGAUCUUUGUGACAGGGGCACUGUUAGCUAAGCUGGCACGCCCGAAAAAGAGAGCCGAGACUAUCAAGUUCAGCCAGUCAGCUGUAGUCUGCAAACACGAGGGCAAGCUGUGUCUGAUGGUCAGGGUGGCCAACUUGAGGAAGAGCCUGCUGAUCCAGUGUAAUCUGACAGGUAAGCUUCUCUUCCCCUAUGUAACACACGAAGGGGAGAAGACCCAAAUCCAGCAAAGCAAUGUGGACUUCCAGUUGGACUCUAGUGGAGAGUGUCCCUUCCUCAGCCUUCCUCUAACAUUUUACCAUGUCCUGGAUGAGACCAGUCCCUUGGCAGGUCUCUCUGCAGAGAACCUUCAGACAAGAGACUUUGAGUUGCUGGUGACACUCAAUGCAACAAUGGAAUCAACUGCUGCCACUUGCCAGAGCCGUACAUCUUAUGUGCCCCAGGAGAUCAUGUGGGGUUAUGAAUUUAAGCCAGUGCUCUUCACCACUCCAAGGGGGCGCUAUGUUGCUGACUUUAAUUUCUUUGACAAAAUGAAGCCCUGCAAUGACUCCACCCUGCUCAGCAAUCACACAGAGAAGCUUCAGCUUGAAGAGGAGUAUCGUAGAGAGUAAAUACAAUUUUUGGGGUUUUAAAUGCAUGUUGAUGACAUGUCUGAAAUAUCCCACCGGUGGAAUACAGACCUGGAUAAGUUCAUUCAAACAUUUUUGCAGUCGUCCUGUAAACCUGUGCUCUUACACAAUACAACCAUUAUUAGUGAGGUAGGACAGGCCUUGAUAUAAAGUCUGUGGAUAAGUUUGAUUUCCCUAGAUGUAAACAUUUCCAUAUUCCACAUAUGGCAGUAUGCACAGAUGGGUAUAUGGGAAAACCUGCCUGUUCAUUUAUUAUCAGCUGUGUUGCACUUUAAAGAAAGGAAUGUGUCACUUGAUAACCAUAAACUUUAUGAGUCACAA